CACAACAGGUUCCAUCCUUAAACGCCUUUGAAAAUCGCAUCUCUACAGUCAGUCUCCCCAAUCCUUUCCCUUUCCUAAAUCAAAUUUUUGGAGCCUUCUUCUACCCUCCAAAAACCCUCGCAGCUUGAAAACCCUUUCGGCUUUCUGUAGUUUGCAGGUUUCUGAUCGUCGUUUUUAGAUCCAGUUAAUAUGAGUCGACCAAUGGAAGAAGAUGUCCCAAGUAAGAAUGAAGAAGAGGAGUUCAAUACCGGCCCUCUCUCGGUACUUAUGAUGAGUGUCAAAAAUAAUACACAGGUACUUAUCAAUUGCCGGAACAACCGGAAGCUGCUAGGACGUGUGAGAGCCUUUGAUCGUCACUGCAAUAUGGUGCUUGAAAAUGUCAGGGAGAUGUGGACUGAGGUAUCAAAGACUGGUAAGGGGAAGAAGAAGGCUCAGCCAGUGAAUAAGGACAGAUUCAUCAGCAAAAUGUUCCUCCGCGGAGACUCUGUAAUUAUUGUCCUAAGGAAUCCAAAAUAAGAUGCGUACACCUGAUUUUUUUCUGGCAAUUUGUCUUUAGCGAUGUCUCUGGCGGUUUUUACUAGUCACUUGUAUUGCGAAUCUGAGAUUGGUGUUGCCUUAGUGGAACUUAUGUUGGACAUAUAUGUACUCAAGUCUCAAUAGCUGUAGCUUAAUUCUGGUGAUUGCUCACUGCCUAAUGCCUAUUAGCUGUUCAAUAUCUCUGCCAUAGUGCAUUCUAGUAACGGUUGACUUGCGAUCUUUUGGAAGUUUGGUGAAUUUUUCUUAUGCUUGUUUAUCUUGGAUACGCAGAAGAUUCAUCAUACUUUUCUUUAGAGUUUGGAUAAUGGACCUUGGACAAGUAUUUGAAUUCAUGGAUCAAGAUUCGUUUAAAUAGUUUGGAUAUGUUCUUUAGA